AUGACAAACGCUCCCACUGUUUGGCUUGUCUCCGGCGCAAAUCGCGGAAUUGGUCUUGCGAUCGUCUCGGUCCUCGUCGUAGCGAGGCCUGACACGAUUUCGCCGGAGCUCGUAACCCCCCCCCCCCCCACUGCUUAUGAUCUGCACGCGCUCGCCAAAAAGCAUCCGGGAAGCUGCACGUCCUGCAGCUCGUCUCCAGCGAUCGACAAGGAAACCAGGACCGUGGCAGAAAUAGAACGGCUUGUAGGUAUUUGCUACUCGAUCAACCGAGUGCUGGACGAUACUCCCGAAGCAGUGAGAGAGCACAUGGAGGUCAAUGUGAUUGGCACGCUCGUGCUCGUCCAGGCGACAUACCCGCUCCUCGUUGCGAGCACCAAGACGCCCAAAUUUAUCCUGAUCACCCCCCUUGCAGGGAGCAUGACAGUCUCCCCGCCUAUCCCACUCCUGCUCUUCUCGUACUGCGCCAGCAAGGCCGCCGAGAACUGGAUGACGCGCAAGAUGCACUUCGAAUACGAGAGCGACGGUUUCGGUGCGUAUUGCCUCGCGCGCGCCUCCAAGUCAUAUUCGCGAUGCAUCCAGGCGCGCCGAUGGGGGCGCGUGAAGGACGAGGUCAUGGCACACCUUGACUACUUGACGCCCGCGGAGGUCGCGAACGAGAUUGUGGCUCAGAUAGACGAAGCCACGCGCGAGAAUGCUGGAGGCCAGUUCGUGAGUUACAACGGGACGCGUCUGGAGUGGUAG